AUGACAAGUCAAAUACUCGUUUCAUCUGCUCCUGCGGAUGAUGAGAAGAACUUCAGUAUUAGGAUGAGAUUCAAAACUGGUCUUUUUCCUGAAAGGACACCUCCUCCAAUGGGUACCAGUUUAGUAGUUACAACGGAAGCAUUACUGACUCCAAAAAUUACCGUGGAUUUUUCCAUGGUCGUUUCUUCGAAUUGUUCAACUCAAUAUGAUGCAGUUAAUUUCAUAAAAUGUCCUCAGUCGGUUAAUUAUGGUGGAGUCUAUGAUUAUUCUGUGAACUUCUUUAUAAGUAGACCAAUAGGAGAUUAUACGUUCACAUUCAGCACUGAUCAAUACAGUGCUUCGAUUGGACAUAUAUCUUUAACUCUACCUCCAACAUUUGCUACCUAUCCAGAAGGCUACAAAAUAAAUACGGAGGAAUUCGUUACAUCGAAUGCCGUACUGACAACUUUCGGCUACGUAAGUGUUACAAAUCUACUGAGUCUAGUGACUUAUGAUACUUCUCUACCAGUGUCCAACCGCUCAGUUCGUCUAACAGUUUUUAUUCAGAUCUCUAACUAUAGCUUAACAUCAACUAGGUUUGAAGCAAAAGUCUCACCGAUAGGAGAAAAUUCUACAGUGAAUGUUUGUGAGAGUCAAGUCUCCUCAUUUACAAAUUACACUGCGCCUGAAAAAAACUUUAUUUCAAUAAAGGAUAUUCCAGUCUUGAAUCAGGUUGAAAAGACUCAAUUCUUCACAGUUCAACUAACUGUCACACCAAAUACAUAUUCUUACUAUAUUCUUGAUGCCAAAAUCCAAAAUAAAGUACUUGGAGAAGUGUGUUACAUUGACUACUUGCAAGAAGAAAACAAUCAAAUAAGAAAAGUUAGAUUAAUAUCAGAAUACACUAUAUUGAACUCACGAAGAAGUGGGAGUAGUACACCACUUGGUAUAUUCGAAAAUAAAAGUGCCCGGAAUAUCACUUAUAAUUUUGUGUUUGGAAUCAAGUUAUGCUAUGACACCAGUUACGUAACGGGUGAUGUGAUCCAAAUACAAUUUACUUUAAGUACAGAUACAUUGGCUGUGAAUACACAGAAUGUUGUAUUUUCAAUAAAUUCUAUGGUCCAACCACCAUCGAUUAUUCCUCCCUCCAAAGUUCCAACACUUACGAUUGAAAAAAUAGAACCACGAAAUUCACAACCACUGGUCAACUUUACCGCAAUUGUUGAAUGUCGUGUGAAAUUUUUCGAGGAUUUAGUUUACACACCAGUCACUCUCGUGAUACAAGUAAAUCCAGCUUAUGGUAUCAUAAUUAGACAAAAUAUCCAGACAGUUGGAUAUUUAUUGAAAACUAUGGCUCCUGUAUCUCCUUCUUACAUUACGAAACCGUAA